AUGAUGGAGAGCUUCUCCUGCGGUGUCCUUGGGCUCAUCAGCCCAUCGUCCUCCAAGGUCGGUGACGCCACGGGCAGCGAGUAUCCAUUCAGCCCCGCGAGCUCGGGCAACCAGACGGAGCCGCGCAACUAUGCUCCAUGCACCGGCCCGUCGUCGGUUACGAAUGAGCCGCCGCCCAAGUUUGACCCCAACGGCAUCGUGCGCACGAACGUGCACUCUGCUUAUACAACUGCCCCCGCACCCGCUCAGCACCAAGCCGUUGUCCAGCCGGGCACUCAUGAAUAUGCUCCUCAGGGCCCGCAGGCCCAUGUUGGAUCUUCUCAGUCCGUCGCUGCCCAGCAGCAGCAUGAGCAGCAGCAGCUCGUCCGCCUGCUCUCCGCGUCGGAGGAGCCCCAGCAGGCGCCUGUGGCCGCUCUGUCCAUGGCGACCAGUGUUACGCGAUCCGCUGAACUCACCAAGCUGAUCAGCACGCCCGGCGGCCUUCCGCUGCUCUCGGUGGCAUUGGCACCGGAGAAUUUCCCUUUCGUGGAGUCGCCACGCCUGGCUCAGCCCAUCAACCGAGGCGUCGUCAAGCUCAAGAAUAUUCCAUUCGCAACAAAGCGGUCCGAAGUCAUCGCAUUUCUCGGACGCAACUCCAAGAUUCUCAAUGACUCCGACGAGCCCGUGCAUAUUAUCAUGGAGCGGGUCACGUCCAAGACCAUGGACGCCUACGUCGAGUUUGUCAACCUCGAGGAGGCGAUGAAGGCAGUGGACAAGCACCACUUCAACCUCAAAAUGGGCCGCGUGAGCCGCCUCGGAGACCGCCCCAUCGAGGUCGAGCUCUCCAGCCAGGCGAGCCUGAUGAAGGACCUGUUUCCUCUGGCUCGCGGCCUGAUCUGGGACGGCGCUACGCCCCACUUCAAGCCAUACGACGAGCAGUUUGCGUGGGAGAACUUUCGUGGCUUCAUCUCAGAGGAGGAGAUGGUGAUGUUGAUCAAGCACGUGGAGGUGCCUCAUCGGUCCCCUUACUCCAAGGACUGCCCUCAGCGCCCUUACGAGUGUCUCAUCAGCACUCUCAAGAAGUUUCCCUGGUUCGUGACGGACCGUAUCACCCUCAGCCAGCGCCAUGCCAUGUAUAUGGCCACGGAGAGGCUGCUUCAGGUGCUCGCCGACAAGGUCAGCCGCAAUUACGACCCCAUCAAUUUGACGCAGCAACUUCAGACGCGUUUGACCAACGCGGCGCUUUCGUGCCCGGGCCUCACGCCCCUGAUGAAAGACAAUUUGUCCUGGAUGCUCAACGUUUCGGAGGACGAGCAGCGAUACUUUGGUCAGCCGGAGCGCGCUUAUUCCUGGCGCCACCAGUACGCACUGGCGCCCCGACCCGGCGCGCCGCUGGAUGUCAUUGACUGGUUCAUCUCCAUCAUUCGAGAGCAGACGCAGCGCGAGAUGCUCACGCGCCCACACGCAAUCCGCCGCGAAUUGCAGGAAAAGGGCGAGCAAACGGACAUGUACUGGGGAUACUUCUGGGCCGAACUGGGCCACAGUUUCGGGCCCCAGUUUGACAAGAUGACGCUGGCCGAUGUUGCGCACGCCGAGUUCUCUGCCGUGGAGCGCAUCCUGUCCCGUGCCCUUCCUCACUGA